AUGAUUCCAACGCUAAUACGGAGAAUGGCGCAGCCCGCCAAGAAAGCGGCCGUCAAGUCGGCGCAGGCCAGCAACUUUGUCCGGACCAAAAAAGUCUGGCCGCCCAACUUUAAGGAGCUGAGCCAGCAGCAGCAGCUGCGCUUUGAGAAAAAGUACAAGCGCCGCGUCACUCUGGCUAGUCAAAGGCCGCGAUGGGAAAAGGGCGUCAAGUACGCGCAGCUGGCGACCAUUGCGGCUGCUUUGGUGUGGCUCUUGUUUUACUCCGAAUUUGAGUGGUGGGGGCAAAAGUAUAAGCCAUCUGAAGAGAUUCGUCGUCGCGCGCAAUACCUUUUUGGCGUCAUGGAUCCUGACAAGCGCUACGAGCGGCGCAAAGACAUGGUUGAGCCAGCCAGCGCCAGCAGCGCCGGCAGCGACAGCACUGACAACAAAGAGUCACCCUCAAAGUAA